CGUCAUCGGAGUUGAACUUGUCUCGAGUUCAAACCUCCUGGGAAUGUAUGCGUCAAAAAAUGUCAAAAGCUCUGCGUAGCAACGUCAAACAAGUCAAAGUAUUCUAAUUUUACAAAAUCGAUCUUUAUUUUUCAAGCGUCAAAGCUCGCUUUGAUACAAGCUGAAGGCAAAGUAAGCGACUCGAGUCGUCGAGAGCCUGUUUCCAUGACAACAUGGGUACACGCAACAUGGAGUUCCUGCAGUGGAGUUGCGAGGAUGUUGCAAGAUGGAUUGAGUCCAUAGGGUUUCCGCAGUAUAAACUGUGCUUCACUGAGAACUGUGUCACAGGUAGAAAGCUGAUCUUUGUGGAUUGUGUCCACAUGCCAAGACUCGGAAUCACAGAUUUCAAACACAUGCAGGCCAUCGCGGCACGUGUGCGCGAGCUGCUGGGCAUCACCGAGGUCCUGUGGAGUCGCAGCAUUGCCGACCCGCCACGGGACAUCGAGGGCCUCUUUUUGGAGAUGAAGAGUCGCACGGGGGUGAAGACCGAUGAGCUCACCCCUGAGCAGCUCCUGGAAGACAUCAGCCACUGAACUCUGAAACCUCUGUAGGUUCCACUUUCAUAGUUUAUUUCAUAAAUGUCAAAUGUAGAAUCAGUCCGUUUUUACAAGCACUUGAAAUUUUACAGAAACUAGUAAAAUAUUUAAUGUUGCAGGGAUUUCCGUGAUUUGGUACAUUCCACAAAGAAAUCCUCAAUAUAGCGGCAAACACUGGAUUGUGUGUGUGGAGGCACAUAUUGUAUCAAACGCAAUGUUCUGCCCGCCAACUCUCUUGGUGACUCACUCACUCACUCACGGGUUCCGACAUUCACAAUUCCCGUCCGCCAAGCAUUGUAAUUACGGCCGCUGUAAAGUGUUUCUAUUACAAUAGGCUGCAUUUAAAUAAAUGUGAUAUUCUUUGAAAUAAUCAUGAUUUAAGAGUCCCGCUGGAGCUUUCACGAGCAGGUAGGUGUUCAUUUCUAUAACUCGGAAAGAUAAUAAUUGGACCUCAAGGUAACUAUCGGGCCGUGCAAAGUUGAAGUAUGGUUCAAAGGUAUGUCAAAGUCAAGGAUACAAAAGUAGUCACACCCAUGGGACAAACCAUCAUUCCCCUAAUGUGCACAGUCGAGCCUACUAAUUGGACUUGAAGCUAACGACAGGUCUUUUCAAGGCCAACAUUUUUUUCUUUCCUAUGCUACUAAAGUCAAGGGUAUAAAAAUAGAAGUAUCAACUCAUAACAUACUACAGCCAUAAUAACGUACUUUGUAGACCGGACUGUACCAUUUGGUACUUCAUAUUCUAAGCCUUUUUUUGUCAUGUAUGGAGUCAGCCACUCAAGAGAAAAAGAAUCCCAACGGUGUUCCUAAUGAAGUGGUCAAUGAAGCUCUUGCCAAGAUGACCUAACUCAAGCUCUUAUUGAGCCGCUGAGGCAUUCAGAUCAAGGUAUUGAUUAAGAAUAGAAAUCCUCCAUGCCAAUUCUAAAUUGGCGGGAGUGUGUAUGUGUGUGAACAUGCAGUAUUAUUUGAAACAAAAUGGCAGACUUUUUUUUUUUUUUUUUUUUAAAUUGCAUCAAUACAGUCAAAUAGUUUUCUUUCCUGUCAGUUUUCCCCUUUCCUCAAUGUUAUUUUUGUGAACUGGGCCCUUGAAGCCAUUUGAGACACUUUUGUGAUUAAGGGCUAAAUAAACUUGACUUAUAGGAGGUAUAAAAUGCGGAAAGCGGAAGGGGGGGGUUGUUAUUACGUGCCAACAGAUCCACAGGGGACGGACGGGGGAGCUUUACGUUUCAGCCAAGUCAACAUUUAUUCAACGACUGAUCUGCGGCGUACUGUGAUUGUAACAGAUGCAAGAACACCCAGAAACAACAACAUAUUUCAUCACAUCCUAUUCAAUUAGAUCUUUCCCUAAACUAAUUAAACAUUAAAGCUUCACAA